AGAGAAACAUCAAGGUAGAAGAAUAUAUUCGUUUCAAUCUUUUCAGACUCUAGAUUCUAGAAGGAGCCACAGCUUCGAAUUCUGCUGUUUCUGUUUUGAAAAUGGCGAGCUCAGGUUCGAAUGAUGAAGUUGUUUCGUUGGAGCUACCUGCACCUCCUGGAUGGAAAAAAAUGUUUCUGCCAAAGGAAGGUGGGACCCCGAAGAAGAACGAGAUUGUGUUCACUGCGCCAACAGGGGAAGAGAUCACCGGCAAGAAGCAGCUUGAGCAGUACCUGAAAUCACACCCUGGUGGGCCCAAAGUCUCGGAGUUUGAUUGGGGAAGUGGUGAAACUCCAAGGCGGUCUGCAAGAAUUGUUCAGAAAGUGAAGUCAACUCCGCCAUGGUCGGAGGCUGAGCCGGUCAAGAAACGGUCCAGAACGGUUUCAGCUUCAAAGAAGGGUAAAAAAGAGAAAGAUGAGGUCCCUGAAGAAAUCAGAGACAAAGAUGUUGAAAUGAAGGAAGCUGGAAAGGGUGAGAAAGAUGAAAAAAAUGACAAAAGUGCCCCUGAAGGUACCGAGGGAAACGAACCAGAGAAAACUGAGAAAGAUUCGGUGGAUGUCAAAAAAGAUGAAACCAACGAAGAGACGGAUGUCAAAGCUGACGAAGAAGGUAAACCUGUAGAAGAGGCGAACAAAGCAUGUGAAAUCCCAGAAAUGCCCCUGUUGCAGGAAGAAACUAAGGAGGUGAACAGAGAGACAUUAGCCGAUGCAAUCCAAGAUGCAGAGCAGGCUCCAGUGACGGAGGCUGAGAAAGAUGGCAGCACCGCCACUUCUGCAGACGGGCAAAAGGGUAAUCUUGAUGGUGUUUCCGACCAAAAAGUGGAAGCCGAAGGUGGCGGCGUGGCGGAGUAUGGUAAUCACAUGGCGGCCAGUGAGGCUACGCCGCUAGCAGCUUAGGCAAUGAGUUAUCCAGUUUGUUCAUCUUUUUUUUACAGUUUUUGUGAUUGUUGGGAAGCCAUGGGUGUAUCUAUAAUCUAUGAUAGGGGUUAGAAGUCAGCUUUGCAUCCGAGGGAUACAACCAAAGAGAUUGUUGAUAUUUGAUGUUUUGCAGGCUUUGUUGUUGCAGUUAGGGAAUUGUAGGUUGCAGAUGGGAUAUAUAUAUAUAAAAUAUGUAU